CAAAAUAUUUCACCAUCAUGUAUGAUGAUUUGUUACUCAAUGAUAACAUUAGAACACUUAUGGACGGUUCAAAUUUGCGUUAAAUAGUCUAAUAAGUGAUAUGGAUACAGCACAAAACAGUGAUUACGAAUCCAUUAGGGAUUCAGUUAUGAACACUUAUGACACGUUGGAAAUGACCGUAGUUAAUAUAAAAAAUCGAGAACGUUCAGAUCAUAAGAAUAAAGCUGGGCUGACAGAGGAGGAUGGCAAAUUUCUGGGAAAAAGAAACAAGUUAUUAAAAACACGGAUUUGUGCAGUUGUCACAGCAACAGUGAUGGCAUUAUUUGUUAUCGCACUCGCAGUUAUGGUUUAUGUUUUUGUAUCUUCGAAAAAUGAAGGUAAGGACAUAGAAACUGGUCACUGUCCAAAAUACAACACAAGCGGUACAGUCGUCAAAACCACUGGAUCAAGCUACGGGGACACCAUUGAACUCACUUGUGACGAGAAAAAUAAAUUGAAUGGUCCCAAUGUUAUCACAUGCCUGUCGACUGGAAAUUGGAGUGCAUUUUCGCAAUGUAUUCCAAAACUAUGUAACAACUUCCCUUUGUCAGACAACAUGAAGGUUGAAUCUGAAAUUGAAAAUAUCAGCGUUGGAACAACUGUUACGGUGAAUUGUGAAGAAGGGUUUGUGCUGACUGGAAAAAACACUGUAGUUUGCCUUACAAAUGAAAAAUGGUCCGAUAACCCUACCUGCAAUGUCAUAGACUGUGAACAUCCAGAUAAUGUCUCAAAUCAGUUAUUACAAAUAUCUCGGAAACUACAUACAACAGCAUAUUCUUUGUUGAAUGCAAAAAAGGCUAUAUAAUAUCUGGUAACAACAUUGUCAAAUGUAACCUGUAUGGAAAUUGGGACUCGAUGCCAAUAUGCAAAAAGGUUACAUGUGGACUUCCAACGAUUCCUGGAAAUGGCAGUAUAUCACAAAUAUCCGGGACUUCAUUCCAAGCAACUGCGUCUUUGAAAUGUAAUGAAGGAUUUCGCAUGAUUGGAGAUCCUAUAAUCAACUGUUUAUCUAACGGAACCUGGUCGGAUAUUCCAACUUGUCAAAAAUAUGACAUUGACGACUGUAUCCCGGAUGUCUGUGGAUCCCGUGGUACUUGUGUUGAUG